UCUGUACAAUGGUCUAUAUAAAAGCAAGGUGGCCCUUUUUACGGUUCCAAAAACAGUCUCCUGUUCGCCAAGUUAGCAGCGUUCUAAACACAGUAAAAGUAAAGCCAGUUAUCCCAUGAACGUUUUAUCUACGCGAUAACAUAAUGAAGACAUCAAUUACCGAUAUCGAUUUGUCAUCUUUGAAGAAGUCCUUGACAACAGCUACGUUAAGUCAACAGAUGGUUACAUUGGCUAGCAGUACAUUUCGAUUAGCUGCGUCGGCCAUCACGAGACUUCAGCAGCAACAACAAUGCGAAGCGGAAUUAGCCAGCUUAGCACACUUACCGGAAUACUCAUUGGAACAGGUUUCCUGGCACGAUCAAGAAGAUGAUUGUUGGAUCGUCCUCAACGACAAAGUAUACAAUGUCACCAAACUCAUCCACAACCAUCCGGGUGGAUUUGAAGUCAUGAUGGAACAAGCUGGAAGGGAUGCUACCUUGGCCUUCCGCUCCGUUGGACAUUCAAUUGACACGAUUGAACAAGUGGAUGAAUUUCUUGUCGGCGUCUUGCCCGCAAAGGAACGCAUAUACCUGCGAUCUGCUAAAUAACGUUCACAAUUUUGAGCUUCCAGUCCCAUUCCAGAGGAAAUCGAGGAUUAAUUUAUAUACUAUACAGCACCGUUAUAUUUCAUGAAAUGACCUGUAAGUGAACUUCACUAACUGUGAUAACUUUGUUAACCUAAACCCACGUUUUUAUAAAAAUAAAUAUCCAGUGUUUUCUA